AUGAUACAAGGAGCAGUGCUUGAGCAGUAUAGACAUCUUAGGAGUUUUGGUGAAGAACUCCUAAGAAGCAAUCCAGGUAGUACAGUCAAGAUCAAGAGUGUUGUGGGAGCUGGUAAUCCAGUGUUUGAGAGAAUUUACAUUUGUUUUGCUGCCUGUAAGAGAGCCUUUGCAACCUGUUGUAGACCCUUAAUAGGCUUGGAUGGGUGCUUUUUAAAGGGAUUAUAUGGUGGGCAGUUAUUGGCAGCUGUUGGGAAGGAUGGGAAUAAUCAAAUGAUUCCCAUAGCAUUUGCAGUUGUAGAGGCAGAGACAAAGGAUUCAUGGGCUUGGUUUGUGCACCUGCUAGUUGAUGACUUGAGUAGUGUGAGUCCAAAUGCCUGGGCUUUUAUUUCUGAUCAACAAAAGGGAUUGGUACCCACUUUACAAGAGCUGGAUCCAAAUGUGGAGCAUAGACUUUGUGUAAAGCAUUUAUAUGGGAAUUGGAGGAAAAAAUACCCCGGUCAAGAAAUGAAAGGAGCACUUUGGGCAGCGGCUAGAGCAAGUACUGGUCCAGAGUUUGAAAGGGCUAUGGAUCAUAUGAAGACAUUAAAUGAGGAAGCAUGGAAGGAUAUGAUGGAGGUACCAGCCAAGAUGUGGAGUAGGUCAGCUUUUAGUACUAAUACAGUGUGCGAUCUGCAGGUGAAUAAUAUGUGUGAGGCCUUCAAUAGGGCAAUAUUAGAAUGGAGAGAUAAGCCAAUUAUUACUCUAAUUGAAGGCCUCAAAUAUUAUAUCACUAACAGGAUAGUGAAGCAAAGAGAACUGAUGUUAAAGUACAGGGGUGCAAUUUGCCCUAUGAUCCAACAAAAGCUAGAGGUGAACAAGCAGAAGGCUGAUAACUGGAUACCUAUGUGGAAUGGAGAUGGUGGUUACACUUUGUUUGAGGUUAGUAGGAGUCAAACAGACAAGCAUUCUGUGAAUUUAGCUACAAAGACUUGUUCUUGUAGGAGAUGGGACCUAAGUGGAAUUCCAUGCUGCCAUGCAAUAACUUGUAUGUGGCACAACCAUGUGGCACCUGAAGAAUAUGUUCACCCUUGUUAUAGCAAACAAAACUUCUUGGCUACUUAUGAUCACAUUAUCCUGCCAUCUAAUGGGCCCAAGUUGUGGCCUAUUAGUCGAUAUCCUCCACUUGAUCCACCUUUCAUGAGAAGGGCACCUGGGAGGCCCAAAAAGCAGAGGAGGAAAACAAAUGAUGAGCCCAGAGACCCCAAUAGGCUGAGGAGGUACCAGACCACAAUUCAGUGUAGGAGGUGUGGUGAACCAGGGCAUAACAAAAGGACUUGUACUGGUAAGCAAGCUGCUGACAGGGCUAUACCAGUGGGAGGGAACAAGGAUAAUUCCCAGAUGCUUCAUCCUGAACAAAGGGCAAGUGGGAGUGGAUCUGCUCAAGCAAGAAAUGAUGGUGCUGUUGAAACUGGUGAACAAGAACAAUUGUUGACUACUAGAAGGAGAACUAGAAGAGCAAGUGGGAGUGGAGCUAAUCAACAAGGGAAUGAUGCUGCUGUUGAAACUGGUGCACAACAACCAGGGGUGACUACUACAAAGAGAACUACAAGAGCAAGUGGGAUUGGAGCUGCUAGUGAAGGAAAUGGCGUUGCUGUUGAUACCAAUGCACAUGAAGCUGCUCCAACUAGAAGGAGACCUCCAAGGGCAAGUAGAAGGAGACAACCUCAAGGUGAAGCCUCCCAAGCUGCACAACCAGUUCAAAAUCAUCAACCAAUUCAACCUCAGCAGCCAGUUCAAGCACCAUAUAUACUGACAUAGUGCUCACAGACAGCCAGCUCAAUAACAACUCAUGCUCCAGGGGUAGCAAGUGGUUCUCAGGGAACUGGAAGGCCUGGGAAGAAGCAGAAGCUUGUUGUUUUAGGAUGAUGUUAAGCAAAGCAACAAUGCAUAAUAAGAUUUUUUUGUUAGGCUGCUGCCAAAGUGUUAUGUUAUCUUGUUCCGGGCAGAACCUUAUUACUGUUAUUUUGUGUUAGUUUGUGUUACUCGAGUAUGUUAAUGCUUUCAAGUUGUGUGUAACUUGACUAUGUCACUUGCUUUCAAGUUGUGUGUAACUUGACUAUGCUAUUUUCUGUUAUGGAUGAUGUUCUGUUAUGGAUGAUGUUCUGUUAUGGAUGAUGUUUAGUAUUCAGUUA